AUGGAAGUUUUGGCGUCAGAAUUAGCAUGUAACGUAUCAAACAGUAAUGCACUGGACACUUUUAACAGUAAGGUUUCCCUGAACGGAGUUGCGCAAGCAUCCCCGAACCAAAUUGUACAGAAGUUAACUGGACAGGAUGAAUGCAGUAAGGCAGCGGUGGAUAAUAUUGACAGUACGUCGGAGAAAGUAUUGACAGUUUUCGUAGAUGGUAAGCGUAAUUACGAGCCGAAGCGGAACUCGAACAGAACGACAGUGUUAAGUCGUCUACAAGCAGCAUCAUCCUCAAUGGCGUCUAUGGAUUCGCGCCUGUUUUACACCAGUCAACGCGAUACGCGGAUUUCUUUGGUGGCCCAGCAGCUUUCGGACGUCAGUCGAGAUGUUCGUCUGAUCAUAUCGCGAGUACAUCGCAUUGUUGCCGAAGUGGAAAAAACAUUCAACGAUGAGAGAAUUAUUUUCGACAUCGCCGACAAAUCUUCGCAAACCGAAGAAACGGAUGCAACCGAUGGAUCACCACUAGCUUCUGGUAGUGCAAGCAGAAAUUCUUCAACGGAACCAUUAGGAGGUGUUGAAGUGGAACAACCGGAGGAUUAUGAGUUUAUUGAGGAAAGUCCGGUCACAAGCAUGAAGCCGGAACGCCAAGGCAAUGGGAUUUUGCAUAAAAAUUGGCAAAUUCGCCGAGUGGAACCCGGAAAGUGGGAAAAUAUCAUUGUAUGCUGUUUUUAA